UCUGUUUCUGUACAAGGUGUUCUGCUGUACAAUAGAUUUCACUGAAGUGAAGUGGACAACUUGAUAAAAGGCCCGACAAACAUCACGUGCCCAUUUUACAGUUUGUUCGCAUGGCUUCACCUGUCUCCACGGCAACUCCGAGAGGCGGUGCUAACACUGAUUGGUCAAUGGCCGCUAACUCCCAAGCGAUUGGCUGUUGCUCAUGCCAUUCAACCUAAAAGUCUAAUGUGCGAGGAGGAGGAAGUUCCCAAUUAAGUGCCAGUCACACGGUGCCCGGUUGGCGAAACUUAUUUUUUUCUGUCCUAUUUUGAUUGUUGCAAACUUCCAGGGAGGGUUGGUGACCCGAAAAAAAGUUUGAAAACUCUGCAUAACUUGGGGCCAAGAAUCACCGACAGCUAUGGACGAAUUGCGAGACUCUUCGCCUGCGUCGGCUUUCGAGAAGGACGCUUUGCAGCUUACAGUGGAAGAUGUUUAUGACAUUUCUUACGUGAUCGGCAGAGAUUUGUUAAAAAUUAGCAAGAACGGCGCACAGGUUUCUGAUCUCCAAUUUCGAAUAGUCACUGUCUUGGAAAUGUUCGAAGUGCUUGUGAACAAAUACAACCUGUCUUUGGAGGAGCUGAAAAUGGAGAGAGAUAACCUGAAGGGAGAAUUGGACAGGGUGGUUGGGGAAAAGUCAGCCGAACAAGGCUCGACGCUGGGCCCCAAUAAGCUGGUGGUGGACCUGAAGGACCCCAACAGGCCGCGCUUCACCAUGCAGGAGCUGAAGGAGGUGCUGCAGGAGAGGAACCAGCUCAAGGCACAGCUGCUCAUCGCCCAGGAGGAACUACAGCUGUACAAGAGCGGUCUGCUGACGUCUCAGCCCUCGGAGCCGGCCAUGGUGGAGGUGGAGCUGGAGCCGGCCACGCCCAACAACAACGCCGUCAUCCUGCCCAAGAUCACCACCAUCACGGAGGAGGACGAGAGCAAGGAGGAGGCCAAGGAGGAGAAGACCACCAUACGCAAACUGUUUUCAUUCCGGAAGAAAUAGGCCUCUCUGCGUCUCAGACACCAGGACAGGAUUUUCUUAUUAACAGGUUUAUAGAUAAGACAAAAUACAUCCGCUGUUAUUAGAAACACCACCACCUGGGUAUGAUAAGUGAUAAAUCUUCUAAAAGAAGGGUGCUAUGGCUUCACAUGUCUAGUAAAACAAAGCCAUCAGGGUCCUCUAUUAGAAGAUUUACCGCUUAUCUGGGUCUGUUAGUUAAACCAGGUACUAGGACUAAGCCCCUGAACAGAACACUUUUAUACACAAGUUUUAUAUAUUUUUAACCAAGAUGAGUAUCUGUAAUUGAAUAGUAUUUUUUAAUUCCAGUUUUAUGUACAGUAAUAUUGGUGCAAUGUGACACUACAGCCUAGGUGGAUUCUGACAAUCACUGCCUUCUCUGUGAGCAGUCAUUGUGCAAUGAAAUCUUUGAAUCCACAUCAGAAGUGUUCUUCACCUGUAAAUGGGACCACAUACAGAACAUCUUUGUAUUGAGUAAUGUCUUCAUCACUAUGCAACUUAUUGGGUCCAUGAUUUGCAUGCGAAUGUGUAAAAUUGCACAGCCAAUGAAAAGCAACCUGUGUUCAAAUGCUACUACUAUCCGCUUCAACAUAUUCCAAAUAUUUCUCACAACGGCAUUUUUUUGUUUGUUUGUUUUUAAACAAAGCCGUUAUAAAUGACUACUGUACUAGUUUCACACAGAAAGCAACAUGCGUGUAUGUACCGUGUAUGUCUAUACCAGAACCCCCCCCCCCCUUCUCCUCUUACCUUAAAAAUUGUUUGGAUGUCAGCUGUUUUUCAUGUUUCCUCUAAUACAGAUUCUAUUGUUUCUGAGGGGUGGGGGCACAGUAAUUCAACUAAGGAAAAAAAUUAUGCAUAAUUUUAGAGCACACAGUUUAACAUUCCACUCAAAUCUUUUGUUAGCCUAUCAAGAGCAUCAAUACAGGGUGAUGCACAACAACAUAGGCCUACUAGCCAAAACAUAGCUGACUGGCAGCAACAAGUAUGGUAAUGGAACGAAUAAUGGUACAAGAUGCAGGAUUGUGUGGACACAAGUGGUACUGCCAUUGUAAGAAACUUACAGACUGUAAAAUGUAAAUAAUAGUACAACCAAAAUGUAAUAUCAGUCAGUUAUGUCAGUUUAACACUGCUCUAUAAUAUUUGCUGGUAUAUGAAGAGAAUUCAAUGAUUAGAUUAUGCACAUAUAUCUGGCAUGCAGCAGCUUCUAUAGAGGUCUUGUGAAAGAAAACGUGAUUUAAAAGGAUGAUUCAGCUUUCUUCGUUAGUACAUCCCCAAAUCAGUAUUAUUUUUUAAAAAUAAUUCAUAAUCCACACCCUAGAAAGGCCUUGUUCUUCACAGUAGGCCGCUUCAACCCUUUCUGAGACUGAGCUUAAACCAUUUCAGUCACAAGUACAGAGAACCUUUUCAAUGACAGAACAGUUUGGAGUAGAGCAGGUUUCUAUUGAUAAUGAAUGUGGUGGUAUUUUGAAUGAGUGAGUGUUUUGUUGAAGAAAUUGAGUUUCUUUUGGGAAAGCUAACAGAAACAGAAUCAAGCAUUGUGUGAAAAGUUCUAGAUGUUUUUUUAUUGAGAGCAACAAAAAGCACAACAGCACUGUAUUUGUUGUAAAACUAGUAUAUACAUGUACAUAAAGCAAAUCAUGGUAUUCAUUUUACAAUUUCUGUACAUUUCCAGACUUUGAGUAAGCUUACUAGGGAUGUUUGAUAUUCAUAAAAGUCGGCAGGCUCAGUUGUCUUUAAAUACAAUGCGUGUGGGUCUCUGCUUUUUACUCAUUUUUUUGCUACAUUUUCCGUUUUGUAAAAAUUAAAACUCAUUAAAAAAACACUCAUGUCUUGUGGCCUCUUUGAGGUAGAAAUUUCUUUAAAAAAUAUCAUUUGACAUUUAACACAUUGCUAUAAAAAUGCUAGAAUUUAUGUACAGAUAUCGGCAACAUUGUCCACGCACAGUUGGCAUGCACGCACCCCCCUAAAAACACUGCACAUAAGAAGUCAUUACGGUACAUAUUCAAUGGAUCACAUGAAGUGAUGAGCUCAUUACAAUGACUGUGGCAAUGGAGCACCACUGCAAAGUAGCGCUCAAGCAUAUAAUGCCUCCAAGAUGCAAGGGUAGGGAUGGGGAUGUUCAACCUUUUUACAACUGUUACUCACUAAUGUGGGUUGUUUUUUGAUUUCACUUCACCGUUUGCUGUUGCUCUGUGUGUGACCUACUAGACCAGUGAUAGAGAAACCUUUUUUUUCACGAGUUAAAACCCAGUGCCACAUAUUCCAAAUGACCUGGUUAUACCCGUCCAAUUCAACCAGGCGAUUGCUUGGCUGAAUGAUCCCCUGGUUCAAUUGGACAUGAAUAUGUGGCACUGGCUUGUAAACCAAUGGAUCCAGGUUUCCCCCAUCACUACACUACACUAGACCUUGUCCAGGAGCAGACCAAUGGGGGUAAUGGCCAAAAGCUGCCGAUGUCUUGAAAUCACUACACUGAUCUCUGUAUUAGGAGGCUUACUACUUGCUAUGACCAAGCUUAUUUGGAGUAAAGUCCUUACUUAGCCACUUACUUGGGGAGAUCAUCCGUGUAGACGCCACACUUGGCUCCAAGGAGAGAAGAGAAGAAAAGACAGAAGAAAAGAGGAAAGUGUGGGGUGGGUGGUGACUGUGUGGGGUGGGGGACAAUAAAGCUCAAGGUAAAAAGUUAAAGGUCACAGUUCUAGGAGUCAUCAGCAUUUGAGCCAGGAGUGAUCCAAGUCACCCUUUUUGGGAACACCUCCUUUGUAGAUUCAGCACUUUGCCCCAAGGAAAGCAUACGGGACAAAACAAGAGGAGAGAGUGUGGUGGAGUGGGGGCAGAAGGUCGAAGUGGCCCAAUGUAAUCAGUGUUUGAGCCAGGGGUGUGUGUGGCGAUGGCGG